ACACAUCAAGGAACCCACGUAAACGCAGCAGGCAGUGACAUUUGUGCAUCUUGGUAAAAGUGAAAUCAGUAACCGAGUGCGACAUUUGUCGUCCUCGUGCUCAUCUCGUGUGCGGUGUGUCUUCGCCCUGUAGGAUGGCCUUCUUCAUCCCUGGACUUACAGUGUUGCUGAUCACUUUGUUUCCUUUGUCUGCUCAGGACACAGGUUCCCUGGAGAUCGUGUACCAUCAGAAGACCUUCCGUCAUCUCAAAGGUUCAUCGGCCGAACUGUCUUGCAAAGCAAAUUAUAACUUUGAGCUUUGUGAAGUGAUAGAUGUCUUCUGGCUUUACACUGCAAAAAACAUUGAGCUGACCGACCCCCGGAAAUAUUUCACCACGGUGAAUGAGACGGAUAUGGGAAACAACCGGAGGAGCAGACUGAUUGUGACGAAGAUCUUCAGAGUGACAGCAGGGGAUAGUGGUCGAUACCAAUGCAAGGCUGAGUGCAACAGGGGUGAGGAGACAGCGAUGGGGCACUUUAUCACCAUCAUCGUUGGAGAGUAAAUAACGUUUUUCACAUGUUCUCAUGUUCCACAUUAUGAAUUCUUUAUCCUGUCAUGCAAAUUUGUAGACUGAAAGCAUCUUCUUUUUACCAUGUUUUUCUCAAUUCUUUGAAAAAAUAAGAAUAAAAAUGUCAUUUUACUGUAUAGUCUGUAUAUUUUACUGUAUACACACACAUAUAUAUAUACAUAUAUAUAUAUAUAUAUACCCUUGUAUCGACACAGAUGACCCCAUUAAAAAGUU